UUAUAUGAACACAGAGUUAUGGACAAUAUAUUACAUUUAAUGUGAAUAAGUUCUUCUAAAUAUGAGACACUGUAGCUUUAAAUAAUGUAUAUUACAGCUGUGUGCCAAUUGCUACAUUUGAAGACCGAUUGCGGUGCAACUUGUCCUGCUGAACGAAAUGAAUUCGUGAUUUCUUGUACAUACACUCUCACAAACUAUUAAACCAUAGAUGUUAAAGAGCUUGUGUGUGUGUGUGUGUGUGCGCGUGUGUGACGGCUACUAAUUGGACUGAAUUUCACUGAGCAACAAAAGAUUAAGCUCGAAAAUUCCAGCUCUGGUUUGCACAGGCUCUGCUUUGUUGUGCCUUCGCCUCUGUUUGUUCUCUUCUAAUGCUGUGUUAACAGUUAUCUCUCUCCCUCCCUCACUCACUCUGUCUCUUUCUUUCAGUCUCUCUCACUUUCUCUCUAUUUUCUCGUGCGGCCCAUGAAAGGCUUUUUUGCCCCAAACAAAGCUCAGUUGCCCCAACUGCUCAGAGGCAGGCGAACCCUGGAGGCCCGUACCCGCUUGCGAGGUGCUUUCCACAUUAACUCACAAAUCAAUCUCUCUCUCUCUCUCUCUCUCACACACACACACACACACACACACACACACACACUGCCGGAGCCUGUGGGACAGCCACAAUGAACCCCGGACCUUCAGCGGAGUGGAUCACCCUCGUCUCCACCCAUGGGAGAGUUUUUCUGUCGCUCGGUGCUGAUCCUGGACCUGAGCUCUGGGUUGGACCUUUCUGCUGAGGUCGAGGCGGAACACAGCUCGGUGGUAGGAUGACGAUUGAGCCGCAGAGCACCGAGGAUGGCGGCAUCGGUGGAAGUGGUUGUGGCCACAUGGACAUAAUGAGCACCGAGGAGCUGGAGUGCAAGAUCUGCUACUGGGCGUACAACCUCGGGAGUCGCCGGCCAAAGGUGCUCGAGUGCUGCCACCGCCUGUGCGCCAAAUGCCUCGCAAAGAUCCUGGACCUGGGUGAGUCGCCUCCUCAUGCCAUGGUGUGCCCGUUCUGUCGCUACACCACCAGACUACCAGGGGAGGCGGUGAGCAGUUUGCCAGACGACUGCAACCUGGUGGCGGCGCUGUCCCUCCAAAGCAGGAAUCAGAGGAACCUCCACUUCCACCAGGAGUCGACCACGGAGCUGCUCCUCAGCCCCAGACACCUGAGCUCACUGAUGGUCAGCAGCGCACCUGUGAUGUCCCCUUCCCCUUCUUCGUCGUCUUCCUCAGCCACCACCUACUCCUCCAUCCGGGGCUCCCCUAACUUUGUGGUCAUUACAAUCAUGGAGCCUCCGCCGCCGGUGGCCGCCUCGCACCAGGACCUUCACCGCCAGCCACGCGGCUCGCACACAUCGAGCCGGGGCUACCGCUCAUCCAGCCUGGACUCCAUGGCGUCCAUCACGCAGAGGUGGACUGUGUGGAACUGUGCGGCCCUCCUGUGCCAGACGUCCGCCCGGGCCCUGGUGUGGGUGCUGGGGCUGCUGUACUUCAGCUCGCUGCCCAUGGGGGUUUACCUGCUCAUCAUGCAGAGGACAACGAUCGGGGUGCUGCUGGUGAGCCUGGUCCCUGCCAGCCUCGUCAUGAUCAUGGUCUACGGAUUCUGCCAGUGCAUCUGCCAUGAGUUCUGGGACUGCAUGCCGCCGUAACGGGAGCAGAUGAUUGGGCAGACGGUUUGCUUUGAAUAUGCUUGACAAUAAGACAAUAGAUUGUCCAGAAUUCACUAAUGGGGGAUGUUACUGUGUAACUGGCCAUGUGACAAUUACUUCAGUGGGAGAUUGUUUGUUUUUUUACAGGAGAAGAGAGCGACACACACUUAUGUACAUUGACAAAGGGAGCUUUUCAUUAUUAUACAUGUUAAUUUGUGCAUUUGUUUACUUUGAUAGACAUCGAAUUACCCAGUGGAGUUCCAAGUGACCGAUUCUGGAGGGACCUGCUGCACAUCAGGCCUAAAUACUGCUGUAGUGAGAAACCCCGACGGAUUUUAAGGUGUUAACAAUAAUAACUGCCUCUGACAACUGUGGAUCUGAUGUGUUAUCUGACAGUGGCCCUCAACCUUUUAUGAUUGUGUCUCAGCCAUAAAAGCAGCACGUGAACUUGAACCAUUGCAGAGUCCUGAGAGUUCUUGAAAUCAGUAUGAGCACAACAAACACAGGAUCAAGUCUGAACCGGAGUCUGAACGGAAUGUACGCAGUUAGAGGUG